AUGUGCCACUUUCAGGUCUCCCACACCACUGCUGGUGUGUUCAAUUUUUUGUCAUAGGGUGCUGGCAGAUUACGGGCCUCCUAUAGCUGCUGCCAGGCCCCUAAUCUGCCAUGGGCCCCUUAUACCGCCUCCUCAUGCUGCUGCCAGGUCCAGAGUCUCUCAUGGGUCCCUGUACGGCCUCCCAUUGCUGCUGUCUCCAUCGCCACACUCUGGCCAUGUGCCACUUUCAGGUCUCCUCACACUCCUGCUGGUUUCCAUUUUGUCAUAGGUUGCUGUAUGGCCUCCCAUUGCUGCUGCCUCCACCGCCAACAUGUGGCUCCAAACACUGGUUUUGGCCCCGAUGUGACCUGGCCAAAUGAGUGAAGUGUGCGGUGAUUCUAAGAUCGACGGCACUGCAAUCUGCAUGUCAUACUGAGUGACAGUAUUAUUUCUCUUCCCCAGCAGACUCCAAGGGCAUUUAAAUUAAAUGGUACAGUGUUUUACUGCACUAAUAUUA